AUGGCCCCCGUCCUCGGCCGGGGUGCCCGCUCACCAGCUCUGCGCAGGAAGCGGGCGGCCGGCUACGACUUGACCUCGCUCUUCGUGGGCUCUGAGGGCACUCUGGGCUUCCUGACUCAGGCCACGCUGCGCCUGCACCCGCUGCCUGAGGCCACUGCUGUCACUGUCACUUCCUUCCCCAGCGUGGGGGCGGCCGUGGCUUGCACCGUCCAUGUGCUGCAGGCUGCCGUGCCUGUGGCCCGCAUUGAGUUUCUGGAUGAGGUGAUGGCAGAUGCCUGUGGCCGCUUCAGUGGGAUGGGGCUGCCAGCAGCAGCCACGCUCCUCCUGGAGCUGCACGGCUCCCGGCGUAGCCUGGCUGAGCAGCAGCAGCAGACGGAGGAGAUUGUGCGACAGAACGGUGGCUCCAGCCUGGCCUGGGCGGAGGGGCUGGAGGAGCGUGAGCAGCUCUGGUCCAUGCGCCACAAUGCCUGGUACGCUGCCCUGGCGCUGCGGCCCGGCUGCCAGGGCUACUCCACAGACGUCUGUGUGCCCAUCUCCCGCCUGCCUGACGUGGUGGUGGAGACCAAGCAGGACCUGCAGGCCUCCGGCCUCACCGGACCCAUGGUGGGACAUGUGGGCGAUGGCAACUUCCACUGCAUCCUCGUCUUCAACUCCCACGACCCGGAGGAGGCCCAGCGCGUCCACGCCUUCACCCAGCGCCUGGGCAGGCGGGCACUGGCAGCAGGGGGCACCUGCACCGGGGAGCACGGCGUGGGGCUGGGCAAACGAGCGCUGCUGCAGGAGGAGCUGGGCCAGGAGGGCCUGGACACCCUGCGCUCCAUCAAGGCUGCACUCGACCCCCACAACCUCAUGAACCCCGGCAAGGUGCUCUGAGGGGGAGCACCAGCACUGAAUUGACAGUGAGGAGCCUCAGCCCCUGAAGUCAGGGCCAGGGUGGCAUGCUGCUCUGCAGUGCCACUGUAUGUGUCCCCUACAAAUCCCUUCAUCCCCACUUCUGGGGGUCAGGGAUCCUCAUAUCCCCAAUAAACCCUUUGGACUCACA